CAGGUAGCAGCCUCUCAUAUGCAAUAACCAUGGAGGAAGAGAGGAAUAUGCCCAAGAGGCCGUGGGAUACGUGCCAAGAGGUCCCGGUCAUUGAAGAUGAACAGACGCCAUGGAAAAUGAUCAGACUCCUAAGGUUCAUCUCACUGUGUAUCGUCGCUGUGAUUGUGUUUGGACUGGCACUAUGUAGCAAGACUUCUUUCCUCCUCCUCAUCACCUUGGCUAGCGAAGGCACAAAGACUCUCCCCGAUGGCCAGAAACCUGUCGCUCUGCUCUGUAUCAGCUGCUCUCUUAUCGCUUCCAGCAUGCUUCUACUCCUCAAGAGCAUCUGGAAGGCGUGUUACAAAACAUCAAAGCUACCAAGAAAAACAACUUUUGCCCUGGUUCUGUUCUUUGAGUUCAUCGUGUCUCUGGGUGCAGCGAUUCUCACAAUCGUAGCAAUGCCACACUUGGACAUCGUGACCAACAUGACGAUACUGAACGGUGUAGUCGUCCUCUCUGCGCUCCUACAGGUGGUCACUCAGUGCACUGCCAAAGAAAGGAACCGCUUCCUGGCACCAUCCAUCACUGCCUUUAUCCUGAUUAUGCUCGGUUACGUCCUGUUCCUCACCUUAUACAUUAUGAAAGAUCCUACUGGAAUCAAGAGGGGCAUUUGGGUGGGUCUGGCUGUUGGUGGGGCUUUCUUGGUGUCUUUCAAUUGGUGGGAGAACUACUUGAGACUCAUCAGCGAAAACAGCAGCUCUGUCUUCCUCAAAGAGUUGUGUAAAGAUGUGAGAAGGAGCCAAAACAUGCUGCACAUCCUCUCCAGCCUGCUCAGGAUCGUGGUGACCGCCUGUGUGCUCGGAGCCUAUGUCCCUCUGGCCAAAAUGGACUGGGACAUAGUGACCUCCAUCCCGAGGCGUGAGACAAGAAUUAUAGCCAUCAUCAUUGGGGUCCAGUUGGUCUCCUCUGCACUCUGCCACUGGUUUGCUGUGGCCGCCUGCAAGAUGCACGCCCUGCGACGAUGCUUCAUCCUGCCUUUGUACCUGGCCUCUCUGGCUGUCAUGGCUCUGCUCAUCAUCCCUGUUAUCGUUUACUAUCAGGACUACAGAAUAAGUCUGAACGGGACUGAAAGCAUCAACUUCACAGGCUACUGCAAUGUAGUUGUGGAUGGAAGAAACCAAAGCUUGAACGGCAGUGUGUUCCCACAUCUGGUUCUGGAUGUUACACACACUCUGUGCUUCCUGGACAUGUCCAAGAUAACUGACAUUGGCAUGCUGACAGGUUCAGCAGUGUCCUGGUGGCUCGGUCUUGUGUUGGCCACUGUCCACCUCUGGAACCUCAGUCUGUAUCGCAUCCAGAGGACACAAGACCUGUUCAUCAGGAGGCUGUAUGAAGGAGGAUUUAUGGAGCAGUCACUGCUUCUAAAUGCUCGAUUUGACAUCCAGACGAAUGAGAAGCAAAAGAAAUUCAGGCCACUAGACCCGGUGAAAGUGUUCCUGUGUGCCACCAUGUGGCAUGAAACUUACGACGAGAUGAUGAAGAUAAUAAUUUCAAUAUUUCGACUGGACAAGUACAGGCCAAAGAAGGAAGGAGAAACAAGUGAUGUGACUUUUGAAGGCCACAUCUACUUCGACGAUGCCUUCAGUGAUGUUCCCGGGAGUCGAGGGCGCCACGUCAACGAAUAUGCAGAGAUGCUUGUAGAAAUUAUCCGAGAAGUUUACAGGUGA